AUGGGUUCACCACUCAGCAAGAUUGCAUCGUACUUUCCUCAAAAGGAGGAGGUGCGUGUACUAAUUGUAGGUCUCGAUGCGGCUGGUAAAACGACUGCUCUCUAUAAUAUGAAACUAGGCGAAGUCGUGACAACGAUUCCUACGAUUGGUUUUAAUGUUGAAACAAUCGAAUAUAAAAAUAUUGCAAUGACAGCUUGGGAUGUUGGUGGUCGUGGUAAAAUUCGACCCCUAUGGCGGCACUAUUACCAAAAUACUCGAGCUCUUGUUUUUGUUGUCGACUCAAAUGAUCGAGAGAGAGUAAAUGAUGCAUGCGAGCAGUUGAAUUCGAUGCUCAAUGAAGAUGAACUCCGAAAAGUACCUCUUCUCAUAUUGGCUAAUAAACAAGAUUUACCAAAUGCAAUGUCACCUAGUGAAUUAACGGAUAAGCUUGGUUUGGAAAAAUUAACUCAUGAUAGAAAAUGACAAAAAAAAUUACUUGUUGAUAAUAGAUAUGAUUUAAUUGCAUGCGAAAGUUUACUUAAAUAA